CUCCACGCUCAUCCUCGUCCUCGACACCCACCCCCUCUCCUGGCACCUCCUCGCCCAUCUCCCCCCAGCGCCCCCCCUGCCCGACAACAAGAUCCUCGACAAUGCCACAUCAUCCCCGACAUCGCUCGACCAGUUCAUCACCAUCCUCACCGUCUUUCUCAACGCCCAUCUCGCAAGCAAAUGGGGCAAUGAAGUCGUCGUCUAUACUGCAUCCGCCGGAAAGGCCGAGCUGAUCUACCCGCCUUCAAACGAGAAGAUACGGCAAAGGGGAGAAGGGGCAAAGCCGAGUGCGAAUAUGUACAGGCCGUUCCAGAUUUUGGAUCAGGGGAUUGAAGAAGGGCUAAAAGAAGUUGUGAGGGAGGAAGAGGGAAAAUUGAAUACCGAAGGCGCCGGGUUUAUAAACCAACCUCCCGCCAUGGUCUCGGCACUCACUAAAGCUCUCUGCUUCAUUAACCGACGGAUAUCACCUUCAGUCCCUGCAGAUCCAACAGCCCUCCCACUAUCUUCAGACCCAAAUAGCGGCACCUCGGAUACUUCUGGCGGCCUUUUACCAAGUAAAGAAGUUCGGAUAUUAGUUAUAAACGCGACUCCCGGAGCUGCCGUGGGAGGUCGAGCGGAUCCGGAUGGUCGUCCAGGAGGAGGCGAUGGGGCGGAGAAGGAAAAUGGGGAUGCAAACGAAGAAGAACGGAAAAAUCAGAGACGGCAACAACGCAUGCGCGGUGGUUAUGUCGGACUGAUGAACUGUGUCUUUGCCGCUCAAAAAGCUAAAGUCCCGAUCGAUAUCCUGUCCCUUCCUCCAUCGACGAUCGAUUCUUCCCCUCCCGUCUUCUUGCAACAAGCCGCCCAUCUGACGGAUGGAGUGUAUUGGCAAUGGAAUGGAAGAGGCGGUUUGCUCCAGUAUCUUCACAGUAUAUACCUCACACCACCUUCUCUCCGACAUAACCCGUUCGUCACCCCGCCACAAGACGCUGUCAACUUUCGUGCAGUAUGUUUCUGUCAUCACAGGACGUUGGACGUGGGAUUCGUAUGUAGCGUGUGUCUCUCCAUCUUCUGCGAACCAAAACCCAUCUGUGCAAUGUGUAAAACACGGUUUCCUAUCAAGUCCAUUCCCAGACUCCGGACGCUGGCCGGGUUGAAUACGAGGAUCCAAGUGCCUGAUACGGUCGUGAAACCCCCGGCACCGAAAUCGAGCAGCACAAACGCCACAGGAGGAAAGGCCGGAGUUACAGGGAGGAAGGGAGAUGAUAGGGGUGAGCCAAUCGUGAUUGAUUAGGAUGGGUUAGAGUAGUGUUUUCUGUUUUGUUUUUGUUUUGUAAGCAUGUAUCGACUAGUUUUGACAUUUGUUUUACAAGAGUUUUGAAAAUCGUCCGAUUUGUUCCUUUCUCCAAAUGCCCAAUUUUCCCUAUCGGUGUAUACUAGCUGGAAAAAACAGUCGUUGAGCAAG